CUAAGGCGGUGGACGAGGCUAGGUUGGAGGCUGGGGGAGCUCCUGGCUGACCUCGGCAGGGCGGUGCCCCAGACAGGAAAGAACCCGGAGAAGGACCCUGCUUUCCCUUUGGGUUGGGGGAGGGAUUGCCCCGGCGCAGCAGUGGUGAGCAAACCACAGAGUUGAUGAGCAACUUCUGGUCUGGUGGGAGGGGAACAUAGCCAGAAGGUGCGGGAGCUCUUGGGGUGGCCAGGAGAAGCUCCGGGCGUUUACCACCCUAGCCCACUGAACUCGCCGGAUCCCCUCUGAUCUAAGAAGGAAACUGAGGCCAACAUAGGUUAAGUGACUUGCCCAGGAUCACACAACUGGAAUCUGAGGGAUCACCGAUGCAGGAGGCUGUGACUGUCCUAAGCAGGCACAAAGGUUGGCCAGACCAGUUGGAACCAAGAUAAAAGGCCAUCACAGGAGAAGCCUGAACCAUUUACUGAGGUUUCCCAGAGCACAUCAGAUGGAACAAUGCUUAAUUUCAUGAACCAGAAAUGGACCCUGCCCCUUUUUUUCUCGGUUCUGCUCUGUGCUCUCAAUUUUGUCAUAGGCAACUGCAUCUCAGAAGUGGGGUCCUCUCUGACCAGGACCCAGGGAAACGAUGUUCUUUUCCGUCUAGACCGAAAAAUAGGAAAUGAGACCCGGCAGAUUAGAUGGUAUUCGGAAUCUAAGAAGCUGCUCCUAUUUACUGCCUAUCCAGGGAAGAGCAGUCAAAGCCAGAUCACUCCCCAGAAAGCAUAUGUGGGGAGACUGUCUGCCCCUGAUGAUAAUUCUCUGAAGUUAAUUAAUCUGACCUCUGAAGACAGUGGAUGUUAUAAAAGUGAAGUAACAUCAGUCUUAGGAGAGACACAUACCCAGCAGUUCAAUUUAACAGUCAUUGGGACUGUGAGUACAGUAUCUAACAUGAACCUAUGGAUUUGGACAGGCAUAGUCCUAGGAUCAUUGGCGGUCCUAAUUCUAGUUGCCUACUAUCUACGAAAACUAUGGAACUGUUACAAAACUCAAGCCACUCCAGGCAAUGACAGAGGAAGAAACAUGCCACCAGUACCAAACCAUAUGGAGGACAGAAGACUAGAGGAAGGAUUUGCACUUGUCCAGAUGACUUCCCUACAGACUGGGGAACACAGACCAAGGACACAUGGAGACAUCUGAGUCCAGCAUGAAGACAUAGAUCAGGACAACUUGGGAACCACACAAGACAAUGAAGGAGGAAUGCUGGAUAGAGCCUGCACACCCCAGGAGAGCAGUGGAGAGCAGCAGAGACAGGAGUAGUCCAAGCACAUCAACCAAAGACAUUUUCCUCCCUGCACUCUUAGAAGUCUGAGUAAAUUUGUCCAGGCCUGUGGCCUGGGCACUGAUGUCUUCUAUGUAUAUGCUUCUCUAUAAGUGUUAACCUGCAGGUAUUUGUGCUUCCCACUGAGGGUGUAUAUUGGUGGCAAGCUCUGUCUUGGGUUUCUAGGGGAAAUGUCCUUGCUUCUCUUUUUACUGACCUCUGGAAUAGAAUUCUGCCAUUUGUCCUCAUUCCUCCCUCCCCUACCAGAACUCCAUUUUCUCAAUGUUGAUCUCUGACAAGUGAGCUCCCCCCCCCCUUUUUUUUUGUCUAGAAACACUUCUGACCAGCUCUACACCAGGCCAUUCCAAUUCUCCUUCAUGUAUUGUCUUCUGCCAUUCACAUGUGAGCUCGCUGAGGGUAGUAGGAAUAUGGAGAAACACAAUGGCA